AUGUCCACCACCACAGCAGCAGGGGCAAAGACCUUCAUCGUCACCGGCGCCAGCCGUGGCCUGGGCCUGGCCAUUGCGCAGAUCCUGCUCCGGAGCUCGCACAACGUCUUCCUCGUCGCCCGCUCCGAUGCCGACAUGAAGCGCCUCAAGCAGGAGAACCCGGGCACCGUCGACUACCUCGCCGCUGACCUGGCCGACUUUUCGACUGCGUCCAGCAUCAUCCAGGCGACUGUCAAGGCCUUUGGCAAGGUUGAUGGCAUCGUCGUAAACCAUGGCGUCCUCGCACCCAUCACAAAGAUCAGCGAGUCGAGCGCAGAGGAAUGGCGCAGGUGCUACGACAUCAAUGUCUUCAGUGCAGUCGCAUUGAUGAAGGAAGCGAUCCCAGAGCUCCGCAAGACCAAGGGCCGCGUUGUCUUUAUCUCCUCUGGCACUGCCUUUGGCACAAUUGCGGCCUGGGGAUCCUACGGCACGUCCAAGGCCGCGUUGAACCAUUUCAACGCGAUGCUUGCGGCCGAGGAGCCUGAUAUUACGAGUGUCGCCAUUUCACCUGGCAAGGUCGAUACAGACAUGCAGAAACAGAUCAGAGAGGAGGGCCAGUCCGGCAUGACAGCCGCGGUGCACGCAAGCUUCGUUGACGAGCACGAGACAGGCCGUCUCCUGCCCGCCGAGCUUCCUGGCUCCGUCAUUGCCAAGUUGGUUGAGCGCGCUCCCAAGGAUCUCAGUGGCAAGCACUUCAGAUGGAACCAAGAGGACCUGGCGGAUUUCCAGCAAUAG